AUGGCGAACGUGGCACGGGGAUCCCUGCCCAGCUUCCUACUGCAGAGUGUGGUGCUGCUGGGGACCCUGGCGCCCCAGGUCCAGAGCCUCAGCCCCGAGAACCUCCUGCUCGUGUCCACCUUGGACGGAAGUCUCCAUGCACUCAGCAAGCAGACGGGGACCCCACAGUGGACACUGAAGGAUGACCCCGCCCCGCUGGGCCCAAUGUUCGUCACAGAGACGGCCUUUCUCUCGAACCCCUCUGAUGGCAACCUGUACGUGCUGGGGACCCAGAAGCAACAGGGACUAAUGAAAUUACCGUUCACCGUCCCCGAGCUGGUCCACACCUCCCCGUGUCGCAGCUCUGACGGGGUCUUCUACACAGGCCGGAAGCAGGACACCUGGUUCGUAGUGAACCCCGAGUCCGGGGAGACACAGAGGACACUGACUACAGAGGAACCCUCUGCCCCCUGCCUCUACAUUGGCCGAACACAGUACACAGUCACCAUGCAUGACCCCCGGGCCCCCACCCUGAGCUGGAACACCGCCUACCGCCGCUACUCGGCUCCCCUCAUGGGAGGUACCCCUGGGAAAUACACGGGCUUCCUGGCUGCCUGCGGAGUGGGUCUGCUGCUGGCUGUGGACCCGGGCACUGGGAUGGUACAGUGGUCCCAGGACUUGGGCCUGCCCGUGACAGGCAUCUACACCUGGCACCAGGACAGCCUGCGCCAGCUGCCCCACCUCACUCUGGCCCGAGAGACCCUGCACUUCUUGGCCCUCCGCUGGGGCCGCAUCCGCCUGCCUGCUGCAUCCCCCCAAGACAGCGCCCCCCACUUCUCUGACCUGGACACGCAGUUGAUGAUGACUCUGUACGUGGGGAAGAGUGAAGGUGGCUUCUAUGUGUCUGAAGCGCUGGUCCACACAGGGGUGGCCCUAGUGCCUCGAGGGCUGACUCUGGCCCCUGUGGAUGGCCCCACCACAGAGGAGGUGACGCUGCAGGUCUCAGGAGAGCGAGGCGGCUCCCCCAGCACGGCUGUGAGGUACCCUUCGGGCAGCGUGGCUCUGCCCAGCCAGUGGCUGCUUAUUGGGCACCAUGAGCUGCCACCGGUGCUGCACACCACCGUGCUGAGAGUCCACGCCCGCCCAGGGGCCACGCCUGAUGAGGCCAGGCCCACCGAGAGCGCACAGGCCCCCGGCCAUUUCUUGAAGCUCCUAAGCCUGAACUGGGAGAAGCCUUGGGGUCAGGAGCUGAAUCCUGCAAAGCAAGACCCAGACAGGCAGGCAACGUUGGGCCCCCAGAACCUGCUGACUGCGGGCCUCACUGCAGUCCUCCUGGGCGGAUGGGUCCUCUUCCUGAUGAGGCAGCAGCUGGUGGAGAAGCAGCAGCCUCCCAUGGCACCCACGGGCUCUCCCCAGACCUCCCAGGGGUCUCCGCGCCAGUCCUCAGGGGUCAAGCUGAGGGGCCCCAAGAGACCUCGGAACCCAACAGAGCCGGCCCCUGUGCUUGAAGAGCCUGAAGCUGAGCAGCUCACGGUGGUGGGAAAGAUUUCCUUCAACCCCAGAGACGUGCUGGGCCGAGGAGCAGGAGGAACCUUUGUCUUCCGGGGCCAGUUCGAGGGGCGCGCCGUGGCAGUGAAGCGGCUGCUGCGGGAAUGCUUCGGCCUGGUCCGACGGGAGGUGCAGCUGUUGCAGGAGUCGGACCGACACCCCAACGUGCUGCGAUACUUCUGCACGGAGAGGGGUCCCCAGUUCCACUACAUCGCCCUGGAGCUCUGCAGGGCGUCGCUGCAGGAGUUUGUGGCCCACCCAGAGCGAGACCGCUGGGGCCUGGAGCCCAAGACGGCACUGCAGCAACUGACCUGUGGCCUGGCCCACCUGCACUCACUGCACAUAGUGCACCGAGACCUGAAGCCCGGCAACGUCCUCAUCACGGAACCUGACGGCCAGGGCCGCAGCAGGGUGGUGCUCUCCGACUUCGGCCUCUGCAAGAAGCUGCCUGCCGGCCGCUGCAGCUUCAGCCUGCGAUCGGGCAUCCCGGGCACCGAGGGCUGGAUGGCGCCCGAGCUCCUGCAGCUGCAGUGCCAGCCCCUGGGCAGCCCGACCAGCGCGGUGGACAUCUUCUCUGCAGGCUGCUUGUUCUACUACGUGCUUUCCGGCGGCAGCCACCCCUUUGGGGCAGACCUCUAUCGCCAGGCCAACAUCCUGGCGGGGACGCCCUGCCUGGCUCACCUGGAGGAGGACACCCACGACAAGGUGACUGCCCGGGACCUGGUGGAGGCCAUGCUGAGCCCCCUGCCCUGGACACGCCCGUCAGCUCAGGGGGUGCUGGCCCACCCCUUCUUCUGGUCCAGAGUCAAGGAGCUCCAGUUCUUCCAGGAUGUCAGCGACUGGCUGGAGAAAGAGCCGGAGCAGGGGCCCCUGGUGGCGGCGCUGGAGGAGGGAGGCUCCACUGUGGUCCGGGGUGACUGGCACAGGCACAUCUCCCUGCCGCUGCAGACAGACCUGAGGAGGUUUCGCUCCUACAAGGGCACGUCGGUGAGGGACCUGCUCCGUGCCAUGCGCAACAAGAAGCACCACUACAGGGAGCUCCCUACGGAGGUCCAACAGACGCUGGGCCCCGUCCCCGAUGGCUUCGUGGGAUACUUCACUGGCCGUUUCCCCCGGCUGCUCCUGCACACGCACCGCGCCAUGAGGAGCUGCGCCACUGAGAGCCUCUUCCUGGCCUACUUCCCCUCUGCCUCGGGGCCCUGGGGGAGCUGA